CUCGGCGUCCCGGGGCCCGCUCCGCGCUCUGCGCCCUCACUGAGCGCAUCCCCUAGCGGCGCGUCCUGCGAGGCCGGCCUCCGCGUGCCGCCCUUCCUCCCACCCUCUCCUCCUCCUCCCCUCCCCGGCCCUGCGCGAUCCAGGUUGGGGAGGCGGGGAAGCUGCCCGAGCGCGACCGCCGCGGCAGCCAGUGUGUAGCCGCGGGCCGGAGGCGCGGUUCCUAGGCCUUAGAGCCCGGCGAGGCCCUUGGGGAGUCGGCCCGGAGAGCUGCGAGGCCCGCCCCUACGCGGCGCGGAGGGCGCGGAGAGCCUUGCUGUUGAAAGAGGGGCCUGUAAACCAGCAACGUUGGCAUCACCUUACUAGAAAUGCAGAAUCUUGGGCCUCACUCCAGACAUACUGAAUUAGAAGCCGCAUUAUAACAAGAUUCUCAGGAUAUCCCUGGUGAUCUUAGAAGAGUCCGUAUCAUGGAAUCGAUCUCUAUGAUGGGAAGCCCCAAGAGCCUUAGCGAAACCUUUUUGCCUAAUGGCAUAAAUGGUAUCAAAGAUGCAAGGAAGGUCACUGUAGGUGUAAUUGGAAGUGGGGAUUUUGCUAAAUCCCUGACCAUUCGACUUAUUAGAUGUGGCUAUCAUGUGGUCAUAGGAAGCAGAAAUCCUAAGUUUGCUUCUGAUUUUUUUCCUCAUGUAGUAGAUGUUACUCACCAUGAAGAUGCUCUAAUAAAAACAAAUAUAAUAUUUGUUGCUAUACAUAGAGAACAUUACACCUCCCUGUGGGACCUGAGACAUCUGCUUGUGGGUAAAAUCCUGAUUGAUGUGAGCAAUAACAUGAGGAUAAACCAAUACCCAGAAUCCAAUGCAGAAUAUUUGGCUUCAUUAUUCCCGGACUCCUUGAUUGUGAAAGGAUUUAAUGUUAUCUCAGCUUGGGCACUUCAGUUAGGACCAAAGGAUGCCAGCCGACAAGUUUAUAUAUGCAGCAACAAUAUUCAAGCUCGACAACAGGUUAUUGAACUUGCCCGUCAGUUGAAUUUCAUUCCCAUUGACUUGGGAUCAUUAUCAUCAGCCAGGGAGAUUGAAAAUUUACCCCUGCGACUAUUUACUCUCUGGAGAGGGCCAGUGGUGGUAGCCAUAAGCCUGGCCACGUUUUUCUUUCUUUAUUCUUUUGUCAGAGAUGUGAUUCAUCCAUAUAUUAGAAACCAGCAGAGUGACUUUUACAAGAUUCCUAUUGAAAUUGUGAAUAAAACCUUGCCCAUAGUUGCCAUUACUUUGCUGUCCCUGGUGUACCUGGCAGGUCUCCUGGCAGCUGCUUAUCAGCUUUAUUAUGGCACCAAGUAUAGGAGAUUUCCACCUUGGUUGGAGACCUGGUUACAGUGUAGAAAACAGCUAGGAUUACUAAGCUUUUUCUUCGCUUCAAUCCAUGUUGCCUACAGCCUCUGCUUACCAAUGAGAAGGUCAGAAAGAUACUUGUUUCUCAACAUGGCUUAUCAGCAGGUUCAUGCAAAUAUUGAAAACUCUUGGAACGAGGAAGAAGUUUGGAGAAUUGAAAUGUAUAUUUCCUUUGGUAUAAUGAGCCUUGGCUUACUUUCCCUCCUGGCAGUCACCUCCAUCCCUUCAGUGAGCAAUGCUUUAAACUGGAGGGAAUUCAGUUUCAUUCAGUCUACACUUGGCUAUGUUGCUCUGCUCAUAAGUACUUUCCAUGUUUUAAUUUAUGGAUGGAAACGAGCUUUUGAAGAAGAGUACUACAGAUUUUAUACACCACCAAACUUUGUUCUUGCUCUUGUUUUGCCCUCAAUUGUAAUUCUGGGUAAGAUCAUUUUACUCCUUCCAUGUAUAAGCCGAAAGCUAAAGAGAAUUAAAAAAGGCUGGGAAAAGAGCCAAUUUCUAGAAGAAGGUAUUGGAGGAGCAGUUCCUCACCUCUCACCAGAGAGGGUUACAGUAAUGUGAUGAUAAAUGGUGCUCUCUGAUGCCAUAUAAAGUUCUCCUCAUGCCAUUAUUUUUAUGACUUCCUUUAUCUUCAGUUGCAAGUGCACUGUCAAACUGCUAUGGGCUGAUACCUCUUCAGUGAGAUCUCAACUGAAUUAGUGGUAGAAUUUUCUUCAAAUUUAUUUUCACUAAUGUCACAUUUUGCCAAUAUGAGUUUUUAUAGUCAACUUAUUGUUGAAAUGUAGGUAUGUUUUGUUUUGUUUUGUACAAUCGUAAGGCUGUUGUUAUUUUAACAAACUUUAUUCCAUAAUCAGGCAGAAAUAUUUGUAGUUAAUGAUUUAGAUACAACAUAAUGUUAAAAAACUUUGCACACCAGCAGAACUUUAAGUUUUAAUAUAAUUCAAUAGAUAUAUUUCUUUUCUGAAGCUUCAGUAAGGUUUUAAUUAUUAUCUAGCUUAAGAAAUAGAAAUGUAUAACCAUACAUUAUUUUUAAGAAAGGACACAUUACAUUAGCAUCUAGGAAAGGGUGCAUGGUUAAAAUCCCUAUAUUUCUUUCAUAAGAUCGGGUUUGAAGAAUGUAAUCAAUUGUAUGAACCAAUGUGAUUUAUAAACAAACACAAAUUAAAGAGACAAACCGAACUUGAAAUUAUGUUUAAAAUGCAUUGGAGACAUGAACUAUAUACUGAUAAUAUGUACCUCAUGAAAGAUUUUAUUCUUUAUCUUGUUACAGAGCAGUUUUAUUUGCAUAUUAAUAUACUGAUCAGGGAGAAGACAGUAACAUCUGGCCUCCAAAACUGAUCUUUCUCACCUAGUACCAAUCUUGGGAAUCUUAUAAUUGUUUCUAGUUAGAGGGAAAGUGUUAACGUUUA